AAAGCAGAAUGGGAGAAAUGUGUCUGAAAACCAGAACUUCACAGCUGUUUUCCUCCACAGCAUGCUCUUCUCAGCAUCCACAGAUAAAACCGUGGCUGUGUGGGAUAGUGAGACAGGCGAGAGAGUGAAAAGGCUGAAGGGCCACACGUCGUUCGUUAACUCCUGUUACCCAGCGAGGCGAGGACCCCAGCUCGUCUGCACGGGCAGCGACGACGGGACAGUAAAGCUGUGGGAUAUCAGGAAAAAAGCUGCUGUCCAAACAUUUCAGAACACUUACCAAGUCUUGGCCGUGACUUUCAAUGACACCAGCGACCAAAUCAUAUCAGGGGGCAUUGACAACGAUAUUAAGGUAUGAUGAUCACUUCCUUACGCAUC